CACCCUCCUCUCCAGCCAUUAACCCGCCGUCGUCGAAUGAUCCCGCGGUUCCGACUGAGAAAGGUCUAGACGAAGAAGAAGAAGAAACUACGAAAUGACCGUCGCGACGACGCUGGACGGAGACGAUAGCAGCAGUGCGCUGCUCGAGGAUCUGUCGAAUAACCAGGUCUUUAUCGACCAGCUUAACGCCGCCUCCGUGCAGCUCGCCAGCCAGCAGCUGUAUGACGAGCCAUCUGGCAAUGCUAGUGGUGAGGCCGACGGCGAAGCCAGUUUAGCAGUCGCCCGCGAGGCCUCUGCAAUCCCCAACGACCUGGGCGAGUUCGUCAACUCCCAUGAAGACUACAUCGGCAAAAUCACCGCUAUCCAGCAAAAGUAUUCCGAACUCUUCCAGGAAAUGAAGCGGCACGAGCGUGAGCAUAUGAAGGCCAAGAAGCGCGCCGAGGCGCUCCAGAAAGAACGAGAUCUUUACAAGCAUGAGGCGAAGAAGGCUUCUGCUGUUCAAGAAACUCUCGAGAGUCUUUGUCGUCAAUUACAGAAGGAAAGCGAGCGUAUCGAGGAGGAGGGUCAGAAUAUGCUGCGAAUGGAGGUUCAACAUCGCGAGAACCUUUACGCCAAAUUCGAAGAGAAGGUUCGUGAGAUCGAGUCACAGAUGGAACGUCAGUUUUACUACAAAUUCAAAGAAGAGGUUGAUCAAGACCAGGCCUUGAAAGAGCGUCUGAAGACUUUUUUCGAACAGUACGAGCUUCGGGAUGCACAAUUCCAGAAACUACUUCGCUCGAAAGAACUCGAGAUCCAAGUCCAUAUGGGCCGUUAUGAGCAGAUGAAGAAACUCGUGGUGAGCGAGGCCGCGCAGUCAAAGCUACUUCUCCAACAGGUUUCUACAUUCACCCAAACCGAGACCGAACUGAGAUCUCAACUGAAUGUCUAUGUCGAGAAAUUCAAGCAGGUCGAAGAGACUCUAAACAAUUCGAACGAAUUAUUCCUGACGUUUAGAAAAGAGAUGGAGCAGAUGACCAAGAAAACAAAGAAACUAGAGAAGGAAAACAAGCAGCUCACCAAGCGUGCCGAAACGAUGAACAAGAAUGUCUUGGAAAUGGCCGAAGAACGCACAAAGCAGCAGAAAGAGGCCGAGAAAAACAAGAAACGCUUGACCCAGCUAGAGAAUCUCUGUCGAGCUCUGCAGGCCGAGCGCAUCGAACUCGAAAACAAGAUUGCCGAAAUGGAAGGCGAGCUUCAAGAGUCUUGCGAAGAAGACGACGAGGUCGACUACGAAAUUGAAGAGUACGAGGACGACGAGCUCGAGGCUGACGAACUUGACGAUGAAGACGACGAUGGCGAGUACAGCAACGACGAGUUCAAUGAAGAAGACGAGACGGGCGAUGGCUACACUACUGCGGACACAGCACACGGGGUUGUUGACUACUCGCGCCACUACCGUUUGGAAAAGGAAUCGCUUGAGAGCGCACUUCGCCUAUUCGCAUCCAUGCACGCCGAUUGCGGCGACGGCUGUCCGAUCCACAACGCCUCGGCUCCAGCUCGCGAGCAACUCCUCCGAAUCUUGGAAGAGCACCGUCGAGAGAUGAGGAUCGACAGCGCCGAGUUCAAGAAGCUGCAGCAGACUCGCGCCAGUGAUUAGCCAUAGCCGUCUUCUCUCCUGAAUUUUCGUUAGUAUUGCUACUCUUUUGCGUUUGUUUUCUAAUCACGUCUGGGCAUGUGUAUAUAUGAUUAUCCUAUAAACCAAAUAGAUGAUUAUUCCAAACAGA